CCUCUGGGUAGACAAAGAACCAAAUGGAUUUAAACAUGUGGCAAACACCUUCAUCUGGCGAAACAUCCAUCAAUUAAAAGAUGAUAAUUGUUAUCAUCUUUAUAAUGAUUGACUACAGAAUGCCCAAUUGUAUAAGCCACAAGAGACUAAUGGAUAAGGUUCUCUCGUAUAUAAUCUGCGGCUUAUCGACAAGGUUUUACGGUAUUAAUGUUAAUAAAUGUUAUAUAAUUAGAAUAAUUCAAAAACAUUUAAAAAACUGCUAAAAUUGAUAGCUUUACUUUAUCGAGUUACGAAUUACGCAUACCAGGAACUAUUCAAGAAGAAAAUACAUAAUCAAAUUUCAAAUUUGUUCGCGUGUUAAAUACAAUUGUUAUCCACUUGCAUGUAAGGGGAAUCGAUGCUAUUAAUGCUGGUUGAAGGUCAAGAGGUAGAAUGAUCAUAGAUACAUUUAAUCGGCCAUUGUUUCAGUAGGUUUACGAACGACGAAAGUAUGAAAGCCAUCAUUUACAUGGUCGUUUCUGCUCUUUUGGUAAACUUUAACGAGGCAAUCGUGGUAAAGAAUAUAAACGAAUACGUAGAUGAAGUCCUCCACGUUAAGUUUCAACAAGUGAUGAAUAAUGGUUUAUUCGAUUUUUUCUUCUUGCACUACACUUUAAUGGACGAUACCAGAAUCACAUUCCACAAUGGGAAAAUAAAGAAUAUGGCGGAUCUGAAGAGAGACAGAUAUUGCGCUAACUUGACACAAUCGAAAGAACUUCUCAUCGUUUGCACUUUAACUUUCCAUUCUUUAACUGUGGAGUAUUUUGCAGAAUUGGAAAUCUCAGAAAAUACGAUUUUGACAUUUUUGACAGUAAGCCACGUCGGUCCUACUGACUUGACUAUCAAAAUUACUUCCACUCCUCAACUUGAUUACGCCAAUCUUACCAGAUUUCUCGUAGUUAACAUGGGAUACAUAUCUAUCAAGUUCUCGUAUCUGGAAUACGGAGGUGAGAUCUUCAGAAAACUAAUAGAAGCCAAUUUAAAGGACCAUAUAAUGAACGAAAUACACGAAAUGUUGAACACUUAUCUAUGGAAUUCCUUGAAAUCUGCUUUGUCUCAUUAUUUCUCUCCCAAAUAAUGCGAUACUGCUUCUAAAUUUUAAACUGUAUCGAAAAAUAAAAAUAGAAUCUCGUGUAAAAUUUUACAAAAUUUGCCAUGAAACCUUUUCAAGUAUUAAUUUUUUGGUUCUUUCCUUUCUAUGGGCACCAAAAUCGGGUACACGGGUACCGGUAUAACUGAACAGACACGCCUGUCAGGUAUACUGGUUCAUGUAUAAGGAAAGCCUUUUUACCAUGUCCAUCGUGGAAAUCAGUCAGACUCUAUCAUGGUUUUAUUUACGUUAGUAACAUCUAAAUGCCCAUAAUUACACAGAAACAAACAAACCCACCAGUGGCCAAGCGGUCUCCGUACCCGAACACUGUGAGUUUGGUCGUGUGUUCGCGCCUCGCUCGGAUGGACUAGCCACGUGGAGUUUUUCGGGUAAUCUCCACGUCUGUAAUGCCUAAAUAUAGGCCAGUUUAAUUUUAAAAAUCUCCCGGAAGGCAUCGCCCAAGUGUGUGGUGUCAUAACUUAACAAACGAUACGAACCCACUACACCAUUAGGUAGAAUUCUUAUCUGGAAUAAUG